AUGUUCAUGGACACAGAACUGAAGGUCAAAGAAGAAAUAGAAAGAAAUCUAAAUGAAGCUUCUCCCAAGGAUGAGUAUCCUAUGCCAAUGGCAGACAUGCUAGUAAAUGGAGAUGCUCACAACCAGAUGCUAUCUUUUAUGGAUGGCAAUGCAGGUUACAAUCAGAUCAUGGUGGCAAAAGGAGACAUCCACAAGACAGCCUUCAUGUGUCCAGGACAUAUAGGUGCUUUUGAGUACACUGUAAUGCCUUUUGGCUUAAGAAAUGCAGGGGCUACUUAUCAAAGGGCAAUGAAUUCUAUCUUCCAUGAUAUGAUAGGACAUUCUUUGGAAGUGUAUAUCGAUGAUGUGGUGAUUAAAUCCCCAGAAGAGGGAAACCACAUACCAAAUCUAAGGAGGGCAUUCCUAAGAAUGAGGCAGCACAAACUAAAGAUGAACCCAAAGAAAUGUGUUUUUGGAGUUCAAGCAGGAAAUUUCCUAGGAUUCUUGGUCCACCAGAUAGGCAUAGAAGCUCUGCCGCCUUGGAACAAGAAAGAAUUGCAGAGUCUCUUAGGAAAAAUUAAUUUUUUAAGGAGAUUCAUAUCCAAUUCUGCAGGAAAGAUCCAGCCUUUCUCCUCUUUGUUAAGAUUGAAACAGGAACACACCUUCAAGUGGGAAGAACAACACCAACAAGCUUUUGAGGAAAUCAAGCAUUACCUCUGA